UUGACUUUGCCUUUUCUAAAACCCUAAACAGAACGAGUGGUUUAGUUACUCACCACCAAAAGUGGACAAAUUCGCAUGCGUACACUCUCCGCCUUCAUUUCCUCAUCGACUUCUUUUGGCCCCUGUUUUUUCCAUCGGCUCACUCUGCGCCACUCACACAAAACCCUAACAUCAUCUCUAGCUCCCUGCUUCAGGCGCCAAUUCACACCAACAAUGGCUGCUCCAGAGGACUCGCUCCGCAAAGCCCUUGCCGAUAAGCAAUCGGAGGUCGAGAACCAAGGCAACCAGGUCCGAUCUCUCAAAGCUGGCAAGGCGGCCAAGUCGGAGAUUGAUGCCGCCAUUGAAGCCUUGAACGCGUUGAAGCUCCAGAAGGCUUCGAUCGAAAAAGACCUUCAAGCCACAUUGAGCAGCGCCGAUGGCUCGGUCAACAGGGAGGCGUUCCGCCAAGCGGUAUCUAAUACGCUGGAACGGCGUCUGUUUUACAUAAAAUCUUUCAACAUCUAUGGUGGCGUUGCGGGACUCUAUGACUAUGGUCCGCCCGGUUGCGCCGUCAAGUCCAACGUCCUCGCAUUUUGGCGUCAGCAUUUUGUGCUUGAGGAGAACAUGCUGGAAGUUGACUGUCCUUGUGUGACACCUGAGGUGGUUCUGAAGGCAUCAGGACAUGUCGAGAAAUUCACUGAUCUUAUGGUUAAGGACGAGGAAACUGGGACUUGCUACCGGGCCGAUCACUUGCUCAAGGAUUUUUGUAAUGAUAAGCUCCAGAAGGACCUCAACAUUGCUGCAGAGAAGGCCAAAGAGCUUAAACAUGUACUUGCAAUGUUAGACGACUUCUCAGCUGAAGAACUAGGUGCAAAGAUAAAGGAGUAUGGGAUUGUAUCCCCUGACACAAAGAAUCCUUUAUCCGAUCCUUAUCCAUUCAACUUAAUGUUUCAAACUUCAAUUGGUCCAUCUGGCUUGAUCCCUGGGUACUUGCGUCCAGAAACUGCACAAGGCAUCUUUGUGAAUUUUAAAGACCUGUAUUAUUACAAUGGCAACAAGCUACCAUUUGCUGCAGCUCAGAUUGGGCAGGCUUUUAGGAACGAGAUAUCUCCUCGCCAAGGCCUUUUGAGAGUUCGGGAAUUCACACUUGCAGAGAUUGAGCACUUUGUGGAUCCUGAAGAUAAAUCUCACCCAAAGUUUUCAGAAGUUGCAGAGUUGGAGUUUUUGAUGUUCCCAAGGGAAUUACAAACGUCGGGCAAAUCUGCAAAGGCAAUUCGAUUGGAUGAAGCAGUAGCUAAGGGAAUAGUCAACAAUCAAACUUUGGGCUACUUCAUUGGCAGAGUGUAUCUUUUCCUCACUCGUUUAGGUAUAGACAAGAAACGAUUGAGGUUUCGCCAGCAUCUUGCAAAUGAAAUGGCUCACUAUGCCGCUGAUUGUUGGGAUGCUGAGAUUGAGAGUUCCUAUGGCUGGAUUGAGUGUGUUGGUAUAGCUGAUAGAUCAGCAUAUGACUUGCGUGCUCAUUCGGAGAAAAGUGGCGAAGCACUUGUGGCUCAUGAAAAAUUUCCAGAACCUAGAGAAGUAGAGGUAUUGGUUAUAUCUCCAGUAAAGAAAGAGAUCGGCCUUGCUUUCAAAGGGAGCCAAAAGAAUGUAGUUGAAGCUUUGGAGUCCAUGAAAGAAAAAGAAGCUUUCGCAUUGAAAGCUGAUUUAGAGUCGAAAGGGGAGGUGGAUUUUUAUGUCUGCACUCUAGGGAAAAAUGUAUCUAUCAAGAAGAACAUGGUGAAAAUUUCAAAGGAGAAAAAGAAAGAACACCAAAGAGUAUUCACGCCCUCUGUAAUUGAGCCUUCUUUUGGUAUUGGGCGGAUUAUAUAUUGUCUUUAUGAGCAUUCAUACUACACACGGGCGAGUAAAGCUGGGAAUGAACAGUUAAAUGUUUUUGCUUUCCCCUCAAUUGUUGCACCUAUUAAGUGUACGGUUUUCCCACUCGUCCAAAAUCAAAAGUAUGAGGAUAUUGCUAAAGACAUUUCCAAGUCAUUGACUGUUGCUGGCAUAUCUCAUAAAAUUGAUAUUACAGGUACCUCAAUCGGGAAACGUUAUGCACGAACUGAUGAACUGGGUGUACCUUUUGCAAUCACGGUUGAUACUACAUCAUCUGUGACAAUCAGAGAGAGAGACAGCAAGGAUCAAAUCCGUGUUGAUGUGAAGGAAGCAGCAUCUGUUGUGAAGGAGGUAACCGAGGGACUGAGGAGUUGGGCCGAUGUGUGGGCGGCUUUUCCCCAUCAUUCUUCUGCAUCUGCGGAUGAGUAGAUCUAGGGUGGUUUUAACACUACAAGGAUCCACAUACUAUAGUUUUAAGUCGGAAAUUUUAAAACUAUACAAAGCCUACAAGGUUGAUGAAGCACAACCAACUAAUUGGGGAGAUACUUUUUUCUGAAUGUGUGUAGCAUCUAUCUGUUUCUUUUCCCUGUACUUUUACUAUUGCAAUGCAAAGUUGUGCAAUGACAGAAGUAUGACUUCAGCCUGAAUGUGCUUGAGCAAGUAAAAUUUGUAGUCGUUUAUUUACUCCGGAA